AUGGGCGUUGCCAGGAUUUUUGUUAGCGCGGCGCGGAUAGGGAGCAAAGCCAUGGAGGGUGGAAGGAAGCGGCGGAGCUGGCGAAGCGCUUCUUUCCCACUGCUGCUGCUGCUGCUGAGUCUCGCCCUUGAGAUCGUCCUGCCGGUCGCCCAGGCUCGGAGCCUCCGCUUUGUUACCUUGUUAUACCGCCAUGGAGACCGCUCUCCCGUGAAGGCUUACCCCCGAGAUCCCUAUCAGGAAAACGCCUGGCCUCAGGGAUUUGGGCAACUUUCUCAGGAAGGAAUGCAACAGCAGUGGGACCUUGGUCGAGCACUUCGAAGGCGUUAUGAUGGAUUCCUCAAUUCCUCAUACAAUAGACAAGAGAUCUACAUACGCAGCACAGAUUUUGAUCGGACCCUGAUGAGUGCCGAGGCCAAUCUGGCAGGACUGUACCCUCCAGAAGGGUGGCAAGUGUUCAACCCCAAUAUUUCUUGGCAGCCUAUUCCUGUCCACACAGUACCUGACUCAGCAGAGCAUCUCCUGAAGUUUCCAUUAUCUCCCUGUCCCCGUUACGAACAGCUGCAAAAUGAGACCCGGCAGACAGCAGAGUAUGUGAAUAGGACCAUCCAGUACAUGGGAUUUCUGGAGAUGGUGGCAAACAAGACGGGCAACCAGGAUGUCUCCCUCGAAUCGGUCUGGAGUGUAUACGACACACUCUUCUGUGAAAAAACACACAAAAAACAUCUUCCCGAUUGGGUAACCCUCAAUGUGAUGACUCAGCUGAAGCAGCUGAAAGAUUUCAGCUUCGAAUUCCUCUUUGGGAUCCACAAACGGGUGGAAAAAGCUCGUUUGCAGGGUGGGGUCCUUCUGUCUCAAAUAAGGAACAACCUUACUCUUGCUGCAAAUGCCUCCACACCUCACCACUUCAAAAUGCUAAUGUACUCAGCACAUGACACCACCCUUGUGGCACUGCAGAUGGCUCUGGAUGUUUACAGCGGGAGGCAACCACCAUAUGCCUCGUGUCAUAUAUUUGAGCUGUAUCAAGAGGAUGAUGGUAACUUUUCAGUGGAGAUGUUCUUUCGGAAUGAGAGUGGGAAGGAGCCUUACCCAGUGCAGUUGCCUGGCUGCACACAGCGUUGUCCCCUGCUGAAUUUCCUGCAACUCACCGAGCCUGUUAUUCCACAGGACUGGAAACAAGAAUGUCAGGUAGCAAGCACCAUGAAAGACACAGAACUUAUUGUGGUUUUGGCUGUCUGUGGAUCCAUCCUCUUCCUGCUUACUAUCCUGCUCCUGACAGUACUCUUCCGUUCCAAGUCCCAGCCUCCUGGCUACCGGCAUGUUUCCAAUGAAGGAGAAGAACAGCCUUGACAUUUGCUCCAGCCCCUCCUGAGGCAGCAGGAGAGAACGGUGCUGACUCUAGAGACAAGAGGGGCUUCUUUCAGUGACUAAGGGUCUUCUUCAUUUUUCCUAAUUGCUGCUCCUAAGCCAAAAGGCCCAGACUCUGGUGGAGCGGUUGUGACUAUUGGAUGCAGUCGAGCUGCCAAGCGAAUAAUACAGUCAUGAACCAGGAGUGAAAUACAAGCAUGAUUUGGGGUUGCUAUUUGCCAGUACGUGACUGGUUCUAUCAAGGACCCCGUCUUGCUUCUUUUGAACCCAAUAUGCUGAGCUGAAGUCUCCGCUACUGGUGCAGAAUGGGCAGCCUUCCCAACUGAAACCUGCUGCUCCUCAGAAAGCCUUGCUUCCACCUAGCAGUUGUUACUUGAACAUCCCUGAACUGUGGGAAAGGGGCCUGGUGCUAUAACUGCCUUCUCCACUUGAGUUAUUAACUGGGAAUCAAACCAUUGCCUCUCUGACUUACGUACUUGACUCUUAGCCACUGGGUCCAUACAGAAGGAUAAGGUUGGGGCUGGACCCAACCUUCUAUAACAGAGGAUAAAAGGACUUUCUCAAAAGCAGCCUUCUUCCCAUUUGUCACUGACUACAGAAAUUCAGUAAGUGGAAAGGAGUACACUUCCUCUGUCUCCCCACUAUUUUCAGCCUCAACGUAUUCUUACAGAGCAGUGCAGCCUUGUGUUUAAUGGGAAGUGAAUUAGUGGAAUUUAGAAGUGCUUAUUAGCAAAGGCCUGGCUAGAAUUAUUCUUUAAAUGCCCUAUAUCUUGAAUAAUAUUCUGGACCAUCAGAGAUUCAAAGAAAAUCUGCUGUUUUAAAAACAAAGGUAAGCCUCUGAAGCAGAAAAAGAUGCAAACGUAGCUAAGUAUGUUGCCCUAUAGAAAGAAUCUUUGUGUAUCAAGUGUAGCAUGAGAAUUUCACAGUAAGGAUCUGCAGCUUUUGUGGAAAACGCUCCUAUCGUGCCACACUUUAUAGAUGACGGCAUACAUAUUCUUUCCAACACAUCUUCAAGCAGGGAGAGUGCUAACAUGCACUUUCUCAUCAUGCAUGUUAUAUCUGACAUGCAAAGAACACAAAAAUAAGCAUCUCCGCUGCUCUAAAAACACAAAGAAAUUAAGAACACUAACAGCUGCACACAAAUGUAUUGGGUACAAACAAGAAGACAAAAAGUGAGCCCAGACCCAGGGGAUCUAAGCAGGGGAUUGUGGGGAGCUGUCUGUCCUAAUAUUUCCCCCAGAAAGAUGUGCUGCUCAUUCUGAGGCUUCAGCACAUGCAUUAAAAUAAAGACAGAGUAUUCCUGUCCCUCACUACAUUA